AUGUUCACUGAUUAUAGGUUAUUUACAAACGCAUUACAGAAUCUUGAUAAUGUACGUGAACAACAACGACAACAAACAGCUCGUUCUUCAUAUCAAUUAUAUCGUUAUAGUCAUGAACCAAUAUCAUCGAAUUUACUUCGUCGUGACAUUCCACCAAUUCUUGUAUUAGUAUUUUUUCUUUUUUUGAUUAUAAUUAUUUUAUCACAAAUUCUUGUUGUUCAUACAUCACGUUAUGGAACUAAUUUUUCUACAAUGCAAAAAACUCAAGAAGAACUCAAACAAAUGGAUGAAAGUAUGGAAACAAUUUUACAUAAAAAUGUUUUACCAAUAAAUAAAUGGCGUCUUUUAUUUCAUAUUCAAACAUAUCUUUAUCGUUUUGAAUAUUUUUUUAAUUUAUUUAAUGAUCAAAAUAAUUCAACAAAUGAAAAUUUAAAUCAAACAAAAAUUUACUUUCAUAUUAAAAAAUAUUUAAAUCAAUCAGAUGAAAUUUUUAAACAAGAAAAUAAUGAUUCUUAUUUAAUAAGUAAUAUUAAGCAUAUACAAAAUGGGCUUGAAGAACUUAUUGAUGAAAAUAGUGACUAUGCAUUUCGAUGGAAACGAAAAAAACUAAGAUAUAAUUAUAUAGAUAAUCAUGAAAGAAAAAACUAUUGUAAUAAACACCCUAGUCAAUUAAAAGGUCGAAUUUUUGAUGAAAAUUCAACAUAUCCUAAUAUCUCUUUAUAUGAAAUUGAAAUGAAUUAUUCAAAUAUCAGAUCCGGUGGUCAAUGGUCACCAUCGAGUUGUCUUGCUCGUCAUAAGGUUGCAAUCAUCAUUCCGUAUCGAGAUCGUCUUGAACAUUUAGUCAUAUUACUUUAUUAUUUACAUCCAAUAUUACAAAGACAAGAACUUGAUUAUAAAAUUUAUGUAUCUGAACAAAGAGGAAAUGGAACAUAUAAUAAAGGUGUUUUAAUGAAUGCUGCUUUCAUAUAUGCAUCGGGUGAAUAUGAUUUUCAAUGUUUUGUCUUUCAUGAUGUUGAUUUAAUACCAGAAGAUGAUAGAAAUAUGUAUUCAUGUCCAGUUUUUCCAAGACAUAUGUCUGCGGCUGUUAAUGAAAUGAAUUAUAAAUUGACUUAUGAAGAACUUAUUGGUGGUGUUUUAAAUAUACGUAAGGAACAUUUUCUAACAGUUAAUGGUUAUAGUAAUCUUUAUUGGGGUUGGGGAGCUGAAGAUGAUGAUUUAUAUUAUCGAUUAAAAGACGCUUCUUUGAAAGUACUUCGUCCACCAUCAUCUAUAGCUCGAUAUAGAAUGCUUCAACAUACAAAACGUACACCAUCUGUAUGGAAUAAACGAGCUAAACUACUUUACUCAGCAGCGAAACGUUAUGCAUGGGAUGGUGUAUCAUCAGCUCGAUAUAAUUUAAGUUCCGUUACUGCCUAUCCAUUAUUUACACACAUUAUUGUUGAUGUUGGUUUGCCACCACCUGGUUUUAGUUAA